CGACGAAUUUGAAAUAGCCCGCGUAGCCCGACGAGCAGUGGGUGUCCCAUUUUCGAAGAGUACGCCGUUCAAAAAUAGUCGAAAAAACCCAAACGAGCCCGCGUAAUAAAAAACAUAUUUGUUUUUAUAAACACAUUUGUGAGCGCGGGGGAAAACAAAUGUUUUCCGAUUUGGGAAAUAAAAGUGUCGUCAACGAUAUUCAGGAAGGCGGUAACCGUGCGGACUGGGCUUCAGCUCUGCUCCUCGCGAUUGGCCGUUUUGAAUCGAAACGGGUUCCUUCGACCGUUGGUUUUACCUCUCCGGCCGCCGAGAAGUACGGUGCAAAGGCACAGGCAGUCCGUUAGCCGUCCACGCUCCUAAACCGACGACGUCUCCCUCGCCCUCUUCCUCGCAGUUUCCAACUUUUCUACGAAAUGACUUCGACAAAGGAAGAGCAGAUCCCAGAGAUCAUCUACGACAGCAGCUCCGGCAAUUCUUACAAGAGGGAAAGAUUUUUCGGAAAGGGAGGAUUUGGAAAAUGUUAUGAGCUAAUGGAUUGCAAAACAAAUGAAAUAUUCGCUGGUAAGAUAGUUCCCAAAAAGUUACUCUCAAAAGAUAAUCAAAAAGAGAAGAUGGUCCAGGAGAUUCAAAUUCACCAAUCCCUGAACCAUAAGCAUGUUGUUAAAUUUCAUCGUUUUUUUGAGGACAGCAAUUUUGUUUACAUUUUGCUCGAACUCUGCCGUAAAAGAUCUAUGAUGGAGAUGCACAAACGAAGGAAGGCACUGACUGAGCCUGAAGUGAGAUACUUUAUAAAACAGAUCCUCGAGGGUGUCCUAUAUCUCCACGACUUACGAAUUAUACACAGGGAUCUCAAAUUGGGCAACCUUUUCCUCAAUGAUAAUCUUGAAGUCAAAAUUGGAGACUUUGGGCUAGCGGCAAAAAUAGAAUACAUUGGUCAACGGAAAAAGACCUUGUGUGGUACUCCUAAUUACAUUGCUCCAGAAAUCCUUACAAAAAAGGGGCACAGUUUUGAGGUCGAUGUCUGGUCCAUCGGAUGUAUAAUGUAUACUUUACUUGUUGGUAAGCCCCCAUUUGAAACUAAUUCCCUCAAGGAGACAUAUGCGAAGAUAAAACGGUGUGAGUACCAUUUACCCAACAAUCUUCCAAAAGCUACUGCUUAUAUGCUGCAUCAAAUGCUCUUGCCUGAUCCUUCUAAACGGCCUUCUGUAAAACAACUUCUUGGAAUGGAUUUUAUGAGAAAUGGGUUUUUGCCAAAGGAACUUCCAGCUUCAUGUCUUACUAUGGCACCUCACUUUGACUCAAUUAUGAAUCUGCCAAACAGGAAGCCCCUAAUAGAAGUCAACCAAGGAGGUGAAAUUAUUCCCUCUGGGGAUGCAAAGAAACCAAAAAAGAGUGUAUAUGCUUCCUGCAGUGGUCAACGUCCUUCUACUGCUACUGCAAAACAAUGUAGGGCGUACCUUUCACAACUGCAAAAACAGAUAUCUCAAGUUAUUGUAAGCAAACCUGCAAGACUGACAGGAGUAGAUCUUGAUGAACUCUCAGAUCCGGCUGCUCAACCAUUCAUCUGGAUUGCCAAAUGGGUUGAUUACUCGGAUAAAUACGGCUUCGGCUACCAGCUUUGUGAUGAUGGAUUUGGGGUUAUGUUCAAUGAUAGCUCAAAAAUAGUCCUUCUUCCUAAUCAUAGAAAUGUUCAUUACAUCGAAAAAGAUGGCACUGAGAAUUAUUACUUGAUGGAUUCAACACCACCAAAUUUAGAUAAGAAAAUAAAACUACUUGCGUACUUCAGACGUUACAUGAAUGAAAACCUUAUGAAAGCUGGAGGGUCAGUUCCGGUUCUAGAAUCGGACAACUUCAGUCGAAUACCCCAUCUGCAUUUAUGGCACAGGUCAUCGACAGCCGUCAUCAUGCAACUCACCAACGGGACGGUUCAGAUCAAUUUCAUGGAUCACACUAAAAUCAUAAUGUGCCCCCUGAUGCAAGCAGUCACAUACAUCGAUGAGAACAAAAACUUCCGUACAUUCAGAUUUUCCACCCUAAUUAGUAUGGGGUGCCCGAAAGGACUUUUUGACAACUUGGCUUAUGCUGACAGGAAGAUCACAAAUUUGCUUAGUGACCCUUUAUGAUGAGGGUUCAAUUACAGUCCUUAUUGUGUUAAUUGAAUAAAUAAUGUGUAUAUAUGUUUCUUAA